ACUCUUGAUAUUAUACAAUUAAUUCUAUAUUCAUUAAUUUUAACAACUUCAAUUAUUUUUUUAAAUAUAAUUCAUCCUUUAGCUAUAGGAUUAACUUUAUUAAUUCAAACAAUUUUUAUUUGUCUAAUUUCAGGACUAAUAACAAAAAGUUUCUGGUAUUCAUAUAUUUUAUUUUUAAAUUUUUUAAGGGGAAUAUUAGUAUUAUUUAUUUAUGUAACAUCAUUAGCAUCUAAUGAAAUAUUUAAUUUAUCAAUCAAAUUAACUUUAUUUUCAACAUCAAUUUUAUUUAUUUUAUUUUUUAUAAGAUUCUUAAUUGAUAAAUCUUCUAUUUCAUUUUUUUUAAUUAAUAAUGAAAUAGAAUCAAUUUUUAAUUUUAAUUCAUAUUUUUUAGAAAAGUCCCUAUCUUUAAAUAAAUUAUAUAAUUUCCCAACAAAUUUAAUUACAAUUUUAUUAAUAAAUUAUUUAUUAAUUACAUUAAUUGUUGUAGUAAAAAUUACUAAAUUAUUUAAAGGCCCUCUUCGUGUAAUAAAUUAAUUAAUGAAUAAACCUUUACGAACUUCCCAUCCAUUAUUUAAAAUUGCUAAUAAUGCAUUAGUAGAUUUACCAGCUCCUAUUAAUAUUUCAAGAUGAUGAAAUUUUGGUUCAUUAUUAGGAUUAUGUUUAAUUAUUCAAAUUUUAACAGGAUUAUUUUUAGCAAUACAUUAUACUUCUGACGUUAAUAUAGCUUUUUAUAGAGUAAAUCAUAUUUGUCGUGAUGUAAAUUACGGAUGAUUAUUACGAACUUUACACGCUAACGGAGCAUCAUUCUUUUUUAUUUGUAUUUAUUUACAUGUAGGACGAGGAAUAUACUACGGAUCUUAUUUAUUUACACCUACAUGAUUAGUAGGAGUAAUUAUUUUAUUUUUAGUAAUAGGAACAGCUUUUAUAGGAUAUGUUUUACCUUGAGGACAAAUAUCUUUUUGAGGAGCUACUGUAAUUACAAAUUUAUUAUCUGCUGUACCUUACUUAGGUAUUGAUUUAGUACAAUGAGUAUGAGGAGGAUUCGCUGUUGAUAACGCAACUUUAACUCGAUUUUUUACUUUUCAUUUUAUUUUACCUUUUAUUGUAUUAGCAAUAACAAUAAUUCAUUUAUUAUUUUUACACCAAACAGGAUCUAAUAAUCCUAUUGGUUUAAAUUCUAAUAUUGAUAAAAUUCCUUUCCACCCUUAUUUUACAUUUAAGGAUAUUGUUGGUUUUAUUGUAAUAAUUUUUUUAUUAAUUUCUCUUGUACUUAUCAAUCCUAAUUUAUUAGGAGAUCCUGAUAAUUUCAUUCCAGCUAAUCCAUUAGUUACACCAGCUCAUAUUCAACCUGAAUGAAAUUUUUAUUUCGCUUACGCAAUUUUACGUUCAAUCCCAAAUAAAUUAGGUGGAGUAAUUGCAUUAGUAUUAUCAAUUGCUAUUUUAAUACUUUUACCUUUUUCUAAUUUAAGAAAGUUCCGAGGAAUUCAAUUUUACCCUUUAAAUCCAAUUUUAUUCUGAACUAUAUUAGUAACAGUAAUUUUAUUAACUUGAAUUGGAGCCCGACCAGUUGAAGAACCCUAUGUAUUAUUAGGACAAAUUUUAACCGUAAUUUAUUUUUUAUACUAUUUAAUUAACCCCUUAGUUAGAAAAUGAUGAGAUAAUUUAUUAAAUUAAUUA